AUGGCCUCCACCCGUGUGCUCGCCUCGCGCCUGGCCUCCCAGAUGGCCACCAAGGCUGCCCGUCCGGCUGCCCGUGUCACCAUUGCCAACACCAGCAAGCGGACCAUGACUGCCGCCAGCAAGGCCACUCCCUUCCAGGCCGCCAAGCGCCAGCAGAUGUCGUCCAUCAUUAAUGCCACCACCCGCCAGGCCUUCACCGUCCAGCGCCGUGGUUACCAAUCUGAGAUCGCCCAGGCCAUGGUUGAGGUCUCCAAGAACAUUGGUAUGGGCUCUGCCGCCAUUGGUCUCACCGGUGCUGGUAUCGGUAUCGGUCUCGUCUUCGCUGCUCUCCUGAACGGCGUUGCUCGCAACCCUGCCCUCCGUGGCCAGCUCUUCUCGUACGCCAUUCUGGGUUUCGCUUUCGUCGAAGCCAUUGGUCUUUUCGAUCUCAUGGUUGCCCUCAUGGCCAAAUUCACGGGGAGUGUGCAUGGGAUAAUGGCGGGGAAUCGCAUCACAAUAGACGGGGCCAUAUAG